UACAGUAUCAUAUACUGAGGCAACUGUGUUACAUUAUUAGUAUACAUGAGUUGUGUUUGGGGUGAAUAAGAGGAAUAUUAGUAGACAUGAGACCAAUGCAGGAGAACAUCAAGGUGCUUUACUUUGCAAACAAAUGUCUGGAGCCAUAUGUAGAGAUCAUCACAGGGAAGGAUUCAAUAAAGCCUCGAUGGAGCGUGUGCAGGUCAGAGGAGGGUAAACGCUCUGAGGACGAGGAGCCUGAGGACAUACUUCCUGUUCUCCGAAAUCACAGCCAGCUCCUCAACGGCCAACACAUCGAGAGUCUAGCCAAUCACAUACCAGUGAGGACACGGGGGUAUCCAUGGAACCUGGUCUACAGCACAGCCAUUCAUGGCACCAGCCUGAAGACUCUGUACAGGCAAAUGGCCCACAUCGACAGUCCUGUGCUUCUGGUCAUCAAAGACAUGGACAAAAAGGUGUUUGGUGCCUUCUCCUCCCAUCCCUUCAAAGUGAGUGACUGUUGCUAUGGAACAGGAGAGACUUUUGUCUACAGCUUCGACCCUGCAUUCAAGGCCUACAGGUGGAGUGGUGAGAACUCAUACUUCAUCAGGGGCCAUAUGGACUCUCUACAGAUUGGUGGAGGAGGGGGGCUUUUUGGCCUGUGGCUGGAUGCUGAUCUGUACUACGGUGCCAGCUUCCCAUGUCACACCUUCAACAACCAGCCCCUGUCCACCCAGCAAGACUUCACAGUGCAGGACCUGGAGGUCUGGACUGUCCAGUAAACAGAGCGAGAAGCUGAGAGACUCAGAAGCGGAAAAGAGAGAGAGAAAAAAGCCAGAGCCAUGUCUAUCUAUGGUUUACACCAUGACUUUACUUGUGUUCAGUGAGGUUUAGCCUGUGUUCAAGCUGUUAAAGUACAGUAAGCUUAAUACAGUAAGCUUUUUUUUGUCCAAUGACUGUAUAUAUGAAUGUACAAUGCCAUUGAUCACGUGACACCAGUCAUUCCUAUGUGAAAACUCAAUAGUGCAUUUGAAGCCAAGGAUGUCCGUUAAGAUGGCGUCUCAUGUGGGAGAUUUACGUAGGCAUUACAUGCUUAGUUUGAGCUACUCCAGGAUGUGACGUUGCAGGCUAGCUCAGUGCUGCCCCCUCUCAUUGAGUAUUUCACGUUAAAGGCAGAAUGGGGCAUGCUGCCAUUAGCUACUAAAUUAUGAUAAUAAUCUGUGUGCGAUUUUAAAACAAUCGGUUCAAGCACAUACAUCUGGGGUAAUAGAAGCAAUUCUUAGUACAAUUUUUUGUUUUUAUUUGUUAUUAUAUUUAUAUGAAGAUUGACCAUGAAGAUUGUCAUCUUCCCAUUCACUGUAAUGGGGAUCCUGUGUUCUGCAAAUAAUGCCUGCAGUACUGUGGUUGGCCUUGAAUGAGAGGGGGCAGUCAUUCUCCCCUGGGUUUGUCCUGUGUAAAACCUGGUCUAGUGACUUUUAGGCUGGUUUUACCUGUGUUUUACCAGUGUGUAACCUAUAAUACCAGCAUUAACUCGGGUUGUAUCUGUGUUUAGCCUGGUUAACUGAGGACUGUAUUGUGUAGAGAUAGACAGGCUGUUUUACAGUGUCCUGCUGUUUGCUGCUCAAUACCUGCUACUGAACAAGCUCUGUCCAAUACGAGCAUUACAACUGGUUCUAGAUAUCUAAGCUGUAAACCCUCCAUCAAUCCUUUGUUAUGGACAGCAUUUACAAACCAAAGCCCAUUUUAGAGUAAGAUCCUAUACUCAUUACAAUUCCAUCAUAAGCUUUGAACUUUAUAGAGGCUAAGAUGAACACACUACUGUACUACCCAACUAUUUUGUAUUUAUUUCUGUGUCUGUGUUACAAGGGUACAACAUCAGAUGCCCCGUAGGGAUUCCUCACACACACAACACUCAGGUCUAGAAACAGCCACGGUAAUGGUUUGUACUAAAGGUAUGGGUUUAAAUCCAUGUUAAAUGUUUUCUUACAUUUCUAAAAGAGAAUAAGGAAAUUUGUUUAAAAGAACGAAACAGGAUAUAAGAUGGACCAAUUGUUUUAAUUUGGCGUCUUUUUCACAUUCCUUUGGUGUUUUUUAUAUUUGCUA